AUGCCUCUUCAAGAACUUACUGAGAAGCAGGAAGUUACUAAAACCGAUGCAGAGGCUGCGAGAGGCAAUCAACGCAGUAGUAAUGAAGAUGGAGCAGAGAACGACGCUGCAAAUGUCGACAGUGAAACUGCAGCUCCAAUGGAAGUGGUGGAUGAACCUCCAGUAGAACAAUUCAGUGGCACAGUCUCUGCAGCAAGGAUUAAAGUUUUUGAACGAGUGUUUGGGCAGCCACAUGCAGUGGACACACAGGCUCGAAUCGAUGACAUUUCUAUUGCAGAUACACAGACUAUUGUCAACAACAAUAGAGUUGGCGCUUCUCGUUACUCUGUAGAUGAGAUUAUUGCCCUCCUAGAGGUUCUUAAGUGGACGGUUGAAGCCCUGCAAAUAAUGCAUGUAGAUCGUGUGAUUUUGGAGCUUGACUGAAAUAAACCUCAAGACUGGCCACGGCACUGUUUCCUUCUCCAAGAUAAACAAUACUCUCGCUAGCUUUAUCUAUUGGGACUGUAAGCAUGUCGCGGGAACAGCAAACAAGGCAGCUCGAGCAAUCACGAAAAGUGUGACUAGAGAGGGUCGUUUUCAUUCCUACAUGGCUUUAGGAGGCCCCUCGUGGCUCCAAGACUUACUACUGGCCGAUGGCUGCUAAAAACUCUGGUCUUUAUUUUUAAGUCUGCAGACGUUUUACUUGGAGGGCUCUAGUAGCCUCAUCAUCAAGUAUCUGUCUGUUUUUCUUCCUUUAUUUUCUGCUUCCCUCCCCUUCACAUGGGUUUUGUAGU